AUGUCUUUUUCCAUGAAGAAGAUCUUUGGUGCUAAGGAAAAGACACCCUUGGGUUUCUGCGAUGCCCCACAAAUGACGGUCUCUGAGUUUUUCUUUGGUGACAAUCCAAACUAUCCGAAAUAUCAUACAACAUACAGACCCCUGGGGCAUAUCCACCGGGUUGCAGCGGAGGGUGAUGCAGCCCAGAUGGAGAUUCUCAUCACGCUUGGACAGUGCAGCGUGUCCGAUAGAGACCGCAAGGACAGGACAGCUUUGCAUUUUGCCUGUGUUUAUGGCCGGCUACCAGUAGUGACUGUUCUAGUGAACAAUAAUUGUGAGAUCGAUGCCUUUGACAAGAACCACAUCACACCUCUCAUAAAGUCUGUCCAGUGCUGGAAGCAGAAAUGCGCGACCCUGCUGCUGGAGCACGGUGCUGAUCCGAAUGUUAUUGACAGCAGUGGCAACAGUGCCUUGCACUACGCUGUGUACAACGGGCAUGAGGAGAUGGUGGCCCUACUGCUUCAAUACAACGCCAAUAUUGAGCAAAAAACCAAGGAUGGCUUCACACCACUGCUGCUGGCACUCAGAGAGAAGAGGGUGGAGGUAGCAGAGCUUUUAGUAAGAAUGGGAGCCGAUGUCCAUGUUGUAGAUGAACUGCAAAGAAACACCCUGAUAUACGCUAUAAGAUGUGGGUCAAAAGAUCUGGCUGUAUCACUCCUCAAGAAAGGUAUCGAUUUCUUCUACAAGGAUGUCUUCGGAUGGACGGCCCUGCGCUACGCUAUCGAGGGCCACUGUACUUUUAGACAGACACUUCUGGAUUUUGAGGAAAAUCUACACAGCAAAAAAGAAAACGAACCAGAACUAGAAGAACCCAAUCCCUCCUGCAUUUUAGCAGAGCAAGUAGAUGCUGGCGAUGACUCAUUAGCCAGGGUCUCCAGCUGUCUUAGUCCCGUGACUCCCGUGCUCGCACUGAAGGACGAGGAGAACAGUCGUCAUACCGGGAGUAACUCAGACAGCGAGCCUCCUAAUUGUUCUGGCAAUUCACCAGCGGCUACAGACAAAAUAUUUGGAAACAGAGGAAAAAGAACUGUGGAAGCAUGGGUUGAGAAAGAUCCCUCUUCAAAGUCUGCCACUGAAGCGAGAGACUCUGUCACAAAUGAAGCUGUAGAGAGGAUAGAGCUCUUUACAUCCACCUCAGAGUUAGAAUUGAUGUCAAUAGAAGAAGACAUAUCUGAUGAAAGUGAAAAUGACCAGCCUUUGAGUGAAUUGGAGCAUCUUCCACAGAUAAAAGUUGGACACUUAUCUGGUGCAGGAUAUCAAGUGGAAAAAAUUAAUAUAAAUGGACAAAUGAAAGGUAGGACUAGCAUUUUAUUAAAGAUUUAUGUGUUCACUUAUUUACCCAAAACAGGUCACUGUCACAUGACACUAAAAUAUUAUUGA